AUGACCACCACAACAAUGACGGCCAGCGCUCCCCAAGCGCCGCCAAAGAUAUACCACUUGGUUUCAACCCUACAGACAACCCGCCCACGAGGUCAGUUGCCGCAGUCGUUGCUCGACGAGGCCAGGUCAGUCCGCAAGGAGCCUUUCGACCCCCAGAAACACGUCGCCUACGAACCUCCCGCGAAAAUCCACUCCAUGAAAGACAUCGGCUUGGAGGGACAGGGCAUUUCACCCAACGCCGUGACAGACCCUUUUCCGCUGUUCACGCAGGAUGCCAUCAAGCAGAUGAGGGCCGAGAUCUUCAGUGAAGACGUCCUCGAGAACUGCCAGUACUCCUCGCCCUUCGUCAGCAGGACAGUCAGGGGUAUGGGCCCCGUCCGGGCCCCUUUCACCUACGAUGCCUGGCGUUCCAAAGAAGUCCUUGACAGAGUUUCCGAGGUCGCGGGCAUUGAAUUGGUCCCCGUCAUGAACACAGAAAUCAGUGCCGUCAAUAUCGCCGUCAACGAAUCAGGCGCGACCGCCGACACAGCCUCCAACGAGCGGAAGGAUGACGGAUUGCCUGCGUUUGCAUGGCACUACGACAGCUACCCCUUCGUCUGCGUCACCAUGCUUUCGGACUGCACCGGCAUGGUCGGAGGCGAGACUGCCUUGAAAACCGGGACUGGUGAAAUCAUGAAGGUCAGAGGGCCAGCCAUGGGAACCGCAGUCGUCAUGCAAGGCCGAUACAUCAACCAUCAAGCAUUGAAGGCCCUAGGAGGCCGCGAGCGCAUUAGCAUGAUCACGUCUUUCAGACCGAAGUCGCCAUUCGUCAGGGACGAGAGCGUCCUCACGGGAGUCCGCGGCAUCAGCAACCUCGACGAGCUCUAUUCGGAGUACACCCAGUAUCGGUUGGAGAUCCUCGAGGAGCGAGUCCGGGACAGGUUGAAGGCCGAAAGACGGCGGGUCGUCGAACGAAAGCCAUUUGCAACCCGGCACGUGAAGCAGUUUCUGAGUGAACAGAAAGCGUUUUUGGAGUCCAUGUUGAACGAGCUCGUCGAAUAA